UGAUAAUUUACAAUUUUUCACUAGGUAUAAAGUGUUGAGUAGUUCUUGUACGCUGUGGAAGAGUUGUGUUUAUAGUACGUGAUCUGUACAUCAGUUCUGCAUUAUACAAGUAGUGUUCGAUUAUAAUACACCUCAAAUUCCUUAUUCAGUGUUCUACUUCAUCUCUAUGAAUGAACUAAUAAUGUAUGUAUUGUUAGUCCGUUGAAGCUUUUACUCAAAGGUUAUUUAGGCUGCUUUGCAGAAAUAGCAUGUCGUUUUAAAAUUUCCUGGUGUUUUUUUUUUUUUAAAUAUAACAUUGGUGCUACCAUACCUAUUGUGUCCUUUUCCCAAGGUUUGAGGAUUUCUCAAUCUAGCUAUUAUAGAAAAGUGCAUAUUAAUAUAUAUGUAUUAAUGGGCAAUCUUACUUUUGCAAUGAUAAGUUUUGGGAAUAAUAAUUUUUCUUUAAUGGUGUCUCAGCACCAGUAUCAUCUGCCACCCGAGUCCCACUUCUCAAUAGCUGAAGACCGUGAGUCAUAAUGAUAGAAUUUUAUUAUUAGAGUCUACUUCCAUUUAAUUAUAUAAUUAAUUGUAUAAUUUUUCUCACUAGACAUGGCAGCCUUAAUAAAGCAAGUGUUACAAAGGCGUUAUUUACUUCUAUAGGAAGCAUCUGCAUUGGUGUUCUAGCUUCAGUCAGGAGCAAGCUUUUGAGGUUAAACUUCUGAUGGUUUGUGUACCACACGUCAUUUCACAUUGCAGAGCAAUCUUGAAGGCAUAAAGUAGAUUCAUUUAGAUUAAGCAAAAGCAAAAGGUAUGCUGCAGCUGCUAGCGAGUACUCAGUGCAGGGCCUGGCUUGAGCUGCUUCAAAUUAACUAGUAACAAAGUCCAAAUAGCAUUGCCAAAUAAAAUAAAAACUACAAACCAGAUUCUUUUUAAGAGAAAAAGUUUUGGGAACGCUUUGCUUCCUGACAGCAAAUCUAGAUCUUUUUUAGUGAUCUUCCAGGAUACUCUGAAGUUCUUGAGUUGUGUGCAUUUUAGAGAGCUCACAGUAAUUUUAUAUUUAACACAAAAUGCUUCAACUACAGAUGACGGUACUGUUAGAGAUACAAGUAUCAAACCCCAAGGUGUCAGAACAGUACAAUGAACAGUAACACUAGACUGUUAACACUUUUCGAGUACCAGACAUACAGUUGCUUAAUCUCUGGGGUUCUAGUCUCUAUAAGAAAAUAAGUUGUUCACAAGUAUACUUAUAUCAACAGAGCUGAGCCAGCAGAGUGCCCUGGCAACUAAGAGGGCCAACAGCAUCUCAGCUGUGUGACCAGGAGUAUAGCCAGGUGAUUGAUGGAAAUGAUCGUUCCAUCUAGACAUCCCUCUACUCUAGACUGCAUCUGGAGUAUCACAUCCAGUUUUGCCACCCCUGCCCCUGUGCAGGAAAGACGUUGACAGACUGGAGUGAGUUUAGUGGAGGACCACCGAAAUGGUCAUGGCUGGAGCAUUUGCCCUCUAAAGGAGCACAGCUGGUUCAGCCUGGGGCAAAGGCCCCCUGGCACCUACAGGAAGGUUGGCAAGAAGAUGAAGCCAGGUUUUUCACAGCACAGCAUAGCAGCAGGACUAUAGACAAGAGACAGAAACUGAAACAAAAGGUUUUGGGGUGGGUAUAAGGAAAACCUUUUUUCCCAUGAGGACAGUCAUGGUUUGCUUGGAAAUAGAUUGCUUGGAAAGAUUAUGUAGUCUCAGUUGUUGGAAGCUAAGAUGUUUCCAAGACUCAGCUGGGUCAAGCCCAGAGUAACCUAAUCUGAGCGCACAGAUAAGUUUACUUUGAGCAGAAAGCUGGACUGAGACCUACUGAGGUCCCUUUCAACCUGGACUGCCCUGUGAUCCUAAGAUUUAUGAAGAAUGGGCAGAACGGGUACUGGCAUCUGGUGGACAUUGACGAAGCAUUUUUACCAUCCUGAACAUGUUAAAAAAACCUGCAGCAGCAAAAUUAGAGAAUCUAGCAAUUCCUGAAGGCAAUAAUUAGAAAUAUUGAGUAGUUUCUGUAGAAGAUACUGAACAGACCUAUAGCAGAGUUCAGAGAAUGGAGGAUGGGGCCAUGGUGUGGGUAUAGAAAUACUUACAUGCUUGUAGGCACUGUCCAAAAGGCAAAAGUUGUGAGUUGGCAGACAUAAAAAAAGACAGUUUUUAUGAUAAAUAAACAGUAAGCAUCAUGCUCUAAAGAAAACUGCUUGGUUCUCAUUCAUUGAUAUAAUAGUGGUAAGUUGGAUAACAUAAAUAGUGCAGGCAGAUAUUUCUGGUGAAUACAUAAGUGUCCAUCUUCUUUAAAAAAAUCCCUAUUUUUAAUAAAUUUGGCAGUUCUUCCAAUCCUUUGUUUUCAAGCUCUUCAGUCUCUCUAGUAUCUUGUGGAAGUAAGUUGCACAAAUUAAUAUGCAUUACAUGAAAAAGUCCUUCCAUUCGUCAACAUCAAAUGUGUGUAUUUCGUGAUCUUGCUACAUGACCAUAUAUAUCCUUGUGUUCUGGUAGAGAUUUAUUUUUUUAUCAACGCUUCCUUUAUGUUUAUGUACUACUCCUUUUAAUUACGAAAGAGAAUAUGCGAAUAUGCUGAUCCUUAAGAAUAAUUUUGUUUCCUUUGGAAUAAAAAGCUUUUUUUCAUGUCUUUAAUCAUUCCUUUGUUGCUUUUUCUGAACUUGUUCUCUUUUUAGAUAAAGUGACAGGUGUAGCAUUCACGGAAAGUUCUUUUUGUGUGUGUGUGUGUGUGUGUGUGGUGGGUUAACCUAGCUAUCCUCAUAGUUCUUUUAAUUUCUAUUGCUUUAUUGUAGACAGUAUUCUGUUACAGUUUAUUUAAAAAUCAUGAUCUUUCAGUUAAGAUUUUUCCUUUUAUCUGCUAUGUUGUUUAAAACAAAUUUAAACAAAAAUCACACUGCACAUUUGACUACCUUGGUUGAAAGUUCUUUUGAUAUUCUCUGGCCCCAGUUUAAGUAAUCUUUUUGCAUAUGAUAAAUUGUUGACUACUUCCCAUUUGUUCCUUUUCUCAGACAAUUAAACAUAUUCUUUUAUCUUCCUUUCUAGUUGGUCAUGAUGGAAGAUACAUGAUGAUUAAUAGUAUUUUACAAUGAGACUGGUUGUUUUUCUAAAAUACAUGUUUUAUUCAGAGCAGCAGAAUUUUGCAGAUACUUACUUGAAAAUAUUCUACCAAUAUGAAAAAAAUAUAAAAAGAAGGUGGCCACCUUGUUUUAAAUGGCUUGGAUAUAUAUGAUGAAAGUUAUUCUGGAUUUUAGCAUCCCAUCUCACUUAAGUUUGAUGGUCUGUAUUUCUGUUAUGUUUUCUCAGAGAUAGAUUCAGUCCUGCUUUCAUGUAUAUUUGGUUAUUUCAUUGGGAAAAUAAUUCUAAAAAUUCAUGAUUGAUCAGUCUCUUAGUUACUUAUGCUUUGUUCUUGCUGGACUCCAGUAAUUGAGAGUAAGUAGAACAUUCUGAGAAAGAAAAUGGGCCACCAAAGACAUUAUUGCCUUGGUAUUUUGAAGUGACUGUCCCGUGUUCUCAUCCUCUUGGUUUUUUCUUCUGAGAUCAGGGUUUGAGAAGAAGUUAUGGCAGUUUUCAGUACAGCAUUAAGUCUACUUUUUCAGAAAAAAUCAAAGGUAUAAAUAUGCAUGGACACGGGUUUGAUAGCACUGCUCUAUCAAUUAAUAGUUACUCAGUGACUAAUAACGUUUGUUCUGUUUCUUCAUGCUUGUUCUUUGUUUUGUUUUCAAGAAAGUAAAAUGCUACUGAAAUGCUUCUGGGCUGUUUAAAAAUUAAUAAAGAAAACAAACUUUUUUUGGUUCAGCAGAACUACAGCAUAGACAUUCUUACAGUUAAAACAAGAAGUUUAUCCAAGUUUUUCUUUUUCCCUGUCAGAUACCUUUCUUUUUAUCCACCUAGAGGCUUAUUCCUCUUACAUGAUAACUGCUAGCUUUGAUUAUUUUUUUUUUUGCAGACUGUGUGAGAAGUUGUUUUGAAGGAGCAGUGUAUUUGAAGGAAUUCAUGUUGUCUAAAUGGCAUGUGUGUGUGAAAAUACAGCAAUUCUUUGUGAAAAGCUGAUGGACAGGUUUGACUUUGGGGAAGAAUCUGAACAAAAUGAAGAGCCUAAAAAGGAAACUCCCACUUCCCAACUACCUUUAGUGCCAGAAUCUGUGAACAACUCACUUUUUCACCAACUAGCUGAACAGCUACAGCAACAAAAUUUAGAACAUCUCAGACAACAGCUUCUUGAGCAGCAGCAGCCUCCAAAAGCAAGCCCUGAGGAGAAUCAAGAAGGAAAUUUUGGUUCAGAGCACUCUGCAUCACCAUCACAAGGGAGUAGUCAACAGCAGUUUUUAGAAGUGGAAACAAAUGUGGAUGAUUCAAUGGAUAUUCAACAACAGGACAUGGAUAUAGAUGAAGGACAGGAUGUUCCUGAAGAAGAGAUUUUUGAACAAGAAGAAAAAAAAUCAGCUGUUCGCUCAAGAUCAAGAACUCGUUCAAGAUCUCGUUCAAGGUCUCCAAGAAAACGAAGGUCUAGAUCACGGUCUGGUUCUCGUAAGCGUAAACACAGAAAACGUUCACGCUCGAGAUCAAGAGAAAGGAAGAGAAAGUCAUCUCGGUCAUAUUCUAGUGAAAGAAGGGCUAGGGAAAGGGAAAAAGAACGUCAGAAAAAAGGAUUGCCUCCUAUACGCUCAAAAACACUAAGUGUUUGCAGUACUACUCUUUGGGUAGGUCAAGUAGACAAGAAGGCUACACAGCAAGAUUUAACUAAUUUGUUUGAAGAAUUUGGACAAAUAGAGUCAAUUAAUAUGAUUCCUCCAAGAGGUUGUGCUUAUGUCUGUAUGGUUCAUCGACAAGAUGCGUAUCGUGCUCUUCAGAAACUUAGUUCUGGGUCCUAUAAAAUUGGAUCUAAAAUUAUUAAGAUUGCCUGGGCUUUGAAUAAAGGUGUGAAAACAGAAUACAAGCAAUUCUGGGAUGUGGAUCUGGGAGUUUCAUAUAUUCCUUGGGAGAAAGUAAAAUUGGACGAUUUGGAAGGCUUUGCUGAAGGUGGCAUGAUUGACCAAGAAACAGUAAAUACAGAAUGGGAAACGGCCAGAAGCUCAGAAGCAGCUAAAGAAAAUAUUCAGACUACACAGAGUGCUGCAGUUGAUAAGAAUACAGUUAUUACAACACAGACAGAAGCUUAUACGCAACCAGUCACUAUGCUGCAGAUUCCAGUAGCUCCAGCUGUGCCUGCUGUUAGCUUGGUUCCACCUGCGUUUCCUGUCACAAUGUCUGUCCCUCCUCCUGGUUAUAGUGCAAUUCCUCCUCCACCCUUCUUGCGAGCGAGUUUCAACCCUUCACAGCCACCGCCAGGUUAUAUGCCUCCCCCAGUUCCUCCUGUGGUUCCACCACCUGUUGUCCCGCCACCUGUUGUCCCACCAGUUGUUCCAACACCUUUAGUACAGCCUCCAUUACCAAUUGCACAAGAGACGAUGAAGGAUGUUCCUUUUACUAGCCUUGUUCUACCAGUUGGCACAGUUACUAGCAAUCUAGCUACUCCAACAUUAUCUGCUGGAAGUGUUUUUAAUCCUCUGCCAAUCAACAAACCAGAAUCAGAUGAAAAGGGGUCACAUCUUACAGACCUUCAGAUUUCUUCCAGUGAGAACAACAGAUCUGUGCAAAAUGAUGUCUCGAGUAGCUCUGGACUUGUUGGAGGAGUGCAGCCACCCAGCGUCUCAAGCAGUUCUGGGCUUACUGCAGAAGGGCAGCCACCCACUGUCUCAAGUGGCUCUGGACUUGCAGGGGGAGUACAGCCACCUAGUGUUUCAAGCAGCUCUGGACUUGUAGGAGGAGUGCCACCACCAACUGUUUCAAGCAGUUCUGGUCUUGCAGGAGGAGUGCAGCUACCUACUGUCUCCAGUGGCUCUUCUCUUGCUGGUGGAGUUCAGCCAACCAGCGUCUCGAGUAGCUCUGGACUUAUGGCUGGAGUGCAACCACCAAAUGUCUCAAGUAGCUCAGGGCUUCUAGCUGGAGUGCAUCCACCCAGUGUCUCAAGCAGCCCUGGCCUGCUGACAGGAAUGCAGCCACCCAGUGUCUCAAGCAGCUCAGGAGUUCUGGCAGGAGUACAGCCACCGUGUGUGUCAAGCAACUCUGGGCUUCUCAUAAUGCCACCACCCAAUGUUUCAAGUAGUUCUGGACUUAUGGGAGUGCCGCCACCAAAUAUUUCAAGUAGUUCUGGACUUCUGGCAAUGCAGCAUCCAGCUGGGGUUCAAAACAUGCCUCAUUUAAAUAUUAGUAGUCAAAGGAUGCCGGGAAUGCCUCUUAUAGAUAUCCGUCCAGGCCUAAUGCCCCAUUCGCCUGGACCAAGGUUUCCAUUAAUGCAGCCAGGAAUGCCACCACAGCGUAGUAUUCCUCCUCCAGCGAUCCUUGAUCCAUCUCUUCACCCACCACCUCGAGGUCCUUUUCCUCCAGGAGAUAUUUUUAAUCAGACAGAAAGACCUUUUGGAACACCAGGAAGACAAAAUAUUGAUAGCAUUCCUAAUCCAGAGAAAAGACUACCACUUGGAGGCGAUAACAUUCAGCAGGAAGGAGAUAGAGAUUAUCGCUUUCCUCCAGUGGAAAACAGAGAUAAUCUUAGCAGACCGUCUCCAGUGGAUGUCAGAGAUUCUGUUGGACGACCACCAGUUGAUCCAAGAGAGGGUAUAGGAAGACCUCCAGUAGAUGGACGAGAACACUUUGCAAGACCACAUGUAGACAUGAGAGAGAAUUUUGGAAGACCAGGUAUGGAUAACCUUGGUCGAAGAGAGCAUUUUGGUUUCAAUUCAGACAAGCACUGGGGACAGAGAGGAGAUUAUGAUGAAAGAGAGCACCAUGCCUUCCCUAUUUAUGGUGGCCCUAAAGGCUUCCAUGAAGACAGAGAGAGGUUUCGGCAUGUAAACUAUAGGUUUGAUAGUAGAAGUGGUCCCAAUUGGAACAGAGGAUUUGAACAAGAUGCUCACAGAGAUUUUGAUGACCGCAGAAGACCCUGGGAAAGACAGAGGGAUAGGGAUGACAGAGAUUUUAAUUUUUGCAGAGAAAUUAAUGGGAACAGGUUUGGAAGAGACAGAAUGUCAAACAACUGGAUCCCCCCUCCACAUCCACGGGUUUUUGAAUAUUUUGAUGGGGCCACUUCCCAACGCAAAGCCGAUAAUAUGCCCCAGGUAAACGGUGAAAAUACAGAGACAGAAAGUCAGCCACCAACUGCACAGGUGCAGGAUGAUCCAGAACUUUAUGAAAAACUGACAUCUUCCGUCGAGAUAAACAAAGAGAAGAGUGACACAGAAGCUGAUAUAGAAAGUGAACCAGUGGUAGAAAGCACAGAAACUGAGGGGACAUAACUCAUCACUCAGUAGGUAAAAGAUACCUUUUGUAAAGUUGUCAUCUCUCUGUAAUAGAUAAAUGGCUGACUGGACCGUAGCAGUUCACUUUUGUCUGCCAGAAUUAAGUUAAUCUAAUGUUAAUGUUCAUCUUUCACUUAAAUAACUGUACAACUGACUUGUAUAGAACACUGUUCUUAAUUUGAACAUGGUAGGUAAACUUUUUUUUUAUUUCUCUGGUAAAGCAUAAACUUGCCCCCACUUGCUUUUAAUUUCACAAAAGAUAAAAGAACAGCUUGUCAAACAAAGACUUCCUAUGGAAGAAAAUGGAAUUUUUUAGAUACUACCCUUAGGUUGGCUAUCAAAAUUGUUAUACUUGAAACAGGUGCUGGUGUAUCUUGUCCGUGUUUUUAGGCUGCUGCAGAAUUUUAAAGUAUAGACAAAGCUGUGAUAUUUUAUGUUCCUACAAUUCGGCAGAAAAAGAAACGGCCCAUGUUACUUAAGGAGCAUAACACAGAGAUUAAAAGUGAUUUUGUAAAAUCUACACUAUAGUCUCUGUUUUCUCUAAAGUAAGUGUUUGUGAUUUGUUCCUCGUACUGCAGUGGGUUUAAAAAAAUGAAAAAAUACAUUUUAAUGUUGGGUGCAUUUUGUUUUUAGAUGCCAAUAAAGCAUAUUUGUUUGAUAA